AUGAACGAACCCACACACAGAUGUUUCCUUUUCCUCGUGUGGUUACCGUUUUUAACACUUUCUUUCUCUUUAUUUUUCGCAGAGAGAUUUCAGGCAUCUUACAUUGCCGUAACAUCUAGUAUUUUUUUCUCUUUUUUUGUUUUAUUUUUCCAAAUUAACUCCAUCCCUCUCCCUCUCUCUCCUUCUGUUUUAUUUUUUCCAAAAACACCUCUCUCUCUCUCUCUCUCUCUCUCUCUGUUUUAUUUUACCAUUUUCUCUCUCUUUCUUACUCUAUUUCUCUCUGUUUUAUUUUGUCCAAAUUAUCCUUCUCUCUCUCUGUUUUAUUUUCCAAAGUAUCCUUCUCUCUCUCUCUUAUCUGUCUUUUUCUCUCGCUCUCUCUCUCCCUCUCGCUCUCACCCACUCUCUCUCUCUCUCUGUGUUUUAUUUUUUACAAAUUACACUUUUCUUUCACUCUCAGUUUUACUUUUUACAAAUUACUCUACUCUCUCCUUCUGUUUUAUUUUUCCAAAUUACACUUCACCCCUCUCUUUCUCUCUCUCUCUCUCUCUCUCUCUCUCUCUCUCUCUCUCUCUGUGUUUUAUUUUUUCAAAAUUACACUUCCCUUUCUCUUUCUCUCUCUCUCUGUUUUAUUUUUUCAAAUUACACUUUCCUGUCUCUCUCUAUUUUAUUUUUCAAAAUUACCCCCUCUCUCUCUUUCUCCCUCUCUUUCUCUUUCUCUCUCUCUCUCUCUCUUCUACUUCCUUGCUCUCGUUGAUUACAUCUUUUCUUUCUUUCUUUUUUUCUGUUCCUGUCUCUCUUUUACCCAUGCGUAGUUUAUGUGGCCGCAAUGUAUACGGCCUCUUUCUCAUUCACUCUCUUUCUCAUUCACUCUCUUUCUCAUUCAUUCUCUUUCUCAUCCACUCUCUUUCUCAUCCACUCUCUUUCUCAUCCACUCUCUUUCUCAUUCAUUCUCUUUCCCAUUCACUCUCUUUCCCAUUCACUCUCUUUCCCAUUCACUCUCUUUCUCAUUCACUCUCUUUCUCAUUCACUCUCUUUCUCAUUCCUUCCCUUUCUCAUUCAUUCUCUUUCUCGUUCUCUUUGUCAUUCACUCUUUGUUUCAUUCAUUCUUUUUGUCAUUCACAUAAUCUCUCUCUCUCUCUCUUUGACACUCUUUCUCAUUCACUUUCUGUCUCAUCCACAUUUUUCUCAUUUAUUCUCAGUCACUCUCUUUCUUAUUCACUCUCUUUCUCAUUUAUUCUCUUUCAGAUUCAUUUUAUUUCUCAUUCACUUUCUGUCUCAUUCACUUUUUCUCAUUCAUUCUCUUUCUCAUUCACUCUCUCUCUCUCAUUCACGUUCUUUCUCAUUUAUUCUCUUUCUCAUUCCCUUACUGCUUCAUUCACUUUCUUUUUCAUUCACUCUCUCAUUCAUUCUCUUACUCAUUCACUUUCUUUCCCAUUUAUUCUCUUUCUUAUUCAAUUUCUGUCUCAUCCACUUUCUUUCUCACUCUCUUUCUCAUUCACUCUCUUUCUCAUUCUCUUUGUCAUUCACUCUUUGUUUCAUUCAUUCUCUUUGUCAUUCACACCACUCGCUCUCUCUCACUCUCUUUCUCAUUUACUUUCUGUCUCAUCCACUUUUUUCUCAUUUAUUCUCUUUCUCGUUCACACUCUUUCUCAUUCACUCUCUUUCUCAUUUAUUGUCUUUCAGAUUCAUUCUAUUUCUCAUUCACUUUCUGUCUCAUUCACUCUUUUCUCAUUCACUCUCUUUCUCAUUCAUUCUCAUUCACUCUCUUUCUCAUUCAUUCUCAUUCACACACUCUCACUCUCUCUCUCUCUCAUUCACGUUCUUUCUUAUUUAUUCUCUUUCUCAUUCAAUUUCUGUCUCAUUCAUUCUCUUUCUCAUUCACUCUCUUUCUCAUAUAACUUCUUGAAUCGAAAUAGUCUGUCAUCCUCUCCUUCAUUUCAUGGUUUCUCAGGCUAUCUUUCUCAUUUGAGAUUCUCGUUCUUCCUUCCUUUCUUUCUUUCUGACUUACCUUUUUCUUCCAAAUAUUUAUUUCACCUUCUUUUUCGCAUCUCCCUAUUUCUUUUUACCGCUUUUAAUCUUCCGCUUUCUUUCACUAUUUUCUUUUGUCUUUAUAAUAUCACCUUUCUUUCUCGUUCUUUUUCAUAUCGUCCUUUUCUCUUUCACUUCUUUCUCAUUCUUUUUAACAUCUGUAUUUAUCUUCACUUAUUUCUAUCUCUUUCUUUCUUUCUUCUUCUUCCUAUUUUCCUUUACUCUUUCUCAUUCUUUUCAUAUCUAUUUUUAUUUUUCACUUCUUUCUUCCUUUCUUUCUUCUUCUUCUUCUUCCUCCUCCUCCUUUUCCUCCUCUUAUUUUCCUUUCAUUUUCAUUCAUUUAUCAUUCUGUUUAAUUUCUAUGUUUAUUUUUCACUUCUUUCUUUCUUUCUUUCUUUUUCUUCUCCUUCUUCUUUUCUUCUUCUUCUUCUUCUUCUUUCUUCUUCCUCUCCCUACUUCAAUUUUCAUUUCAUUUUCACUCUUUUCUCAUUCUUUUUAACAUUUAUGUUUAUUUUUCACUUCUUCAAUUCUUUCUUUCUUUCUUUUUUCUUUCUUUCUUUCUUUCUUUUUUUAUUUAUUUAUUUAUUUCUUCUUCUUCAUCUUCCUCCUCCUCUUCUUUCUAUUUUCCUUUAA